AUGGGAAUUCAUUUCUGCGAUUUUAGAACAAAAGUACGACCGGCGUCAAUCAAUUCAUUUCUGUUCAAGUCACUUGUCAUCCCCUCGUCAUGCACAGUUAUCGCUGGCUGGGUGCCUGCCUGCAGCGAGGCGGCUGGAUGCUCCUGGACCAGCUAUGGUUACUUUGAACUGUCAGAGGCUGGCGUUUUGUUUCUGUGCGACCAUGAUGCGCUGCACUCGAGCGUCGCAUCCCGCGCAAGCCUGCCUCGAACCAGAGGGCAUCUGCCUCAGUCGGCCGUUACACCACAGGGCUAA